AUGCCGUGGCACGACAUUCUCACCGCCGGCGUCGACACGUGGAGCGAUUACGACGACACCGACGACGAGCGCUGCGCCGUCGAUUUCGCGCGCGACGUCGGCGGCUCGACAAUCGACGACCGCGCGACGUCCGCGCUCGUCAACACCGCGUCGGAGGAGGAUCUGAGAGCGAAGCGCGCGUGCGCGAGCGAUCGCAGCAGCGGAGAGGACGCGCGCGAGGGCGCGGAGGGAGAGAAAACGACGCGACGAGGCGAAAGGGAGGACGCGCGCGAGGGCGCGAGACGCGCGAACGAUCCGACAGAGGCGACGAAGGGCCACGGUGAGGGUGAUGGCGCCGAAGGCGCGAAAACGGGCGCGUCGAGAGAAGAUUGGGGGACGAAAUUAGGAUUAGACGCGGGAUGGCGAAGCGAACGGAGGGAUUUGGAAUGGCAGUGCUUGUGGAUCGAAUUGCGCGUGCGAGAGAUCGGUAGGCACAUCGAACGAUACGAGAGUCGGUUGGAGACGAUGAAGGCGCGAGGGGAGACGAGCGGGCGAGACGCGAAGGAGGAGGAGUCGGAAGACUUCAAAAAUGAUGGGACGCGCGGGGAUUUACCGCGCAAGAGGUUGCGCCGCGGGAAGGCGACGCCGCGCGCGCCGGUGAUAUUGGGACAUCCCAUGUUCGCCGCUUUGGAAAACUCUGGCUCGAAAGGUGGUCGGGCGGCGAAGAAGAAGACGAUGCCGGCUCCGCAGGAGCCGUCAACGACGACCACGGCGGAGUUGAGCGGGUCCAAGGCGUUGGGGUCGGGCAAGCGAGAGAGUUCUGAAGACAACCCUAAGUCGUCCGAGGAGAAGAAGCGCAAAGUCAUGGAGGCCAUCGUACCGAAAGAGACGAACUCAGACAGCGACAUUUCCACCACCGCUUUGUACGAGCAAAUCGACGCCGCCCAAAAGCGCGUGGCUUCGCUCAAGCAACGACUGAGCCAAACCGCGCCCAAGUUGUCGCAAAAGAACUCGGAGAGCAAAUUUAAGACUCCGGCGUCGAAGAGUAGAGGCGACAAGCACGCGGCGGAAAAGACUCCGGGGAGCUCUGGCAAACGUGGAACGAGCCGAAAGGCUGAAGCGUACGACAUCAACAACGUCAUCUCGGCGCAAGGACCGGCAAAGUAUGUCGAACGCGCUAUUCACGAAACCAUCGCUACGCCCAAGGUUCGCGCGGCGAGCACGUACGUCUCGCCCGCGCAAAUCGCGACGGACGGCGAAUCAUCCGAUGAGGACGUAUCCGACGCGGUGUACAUCGAGCGCCACGCCAAGCUCGAGGUCGACGAGCGCGCGGCGCGCACGCCGCUCGCGCGCGGAAGAAGCGCCCAAAAGCAACCGCCGACGCCGUCGGGCAAGCAAGUUUCCCUCUUCGACGUCGACGUCGACGACGCGUCGCCGAACUCCACCGCGGAAGCGGCCACGACGACCCUGACGAACUCGAAGUGA